CACAUGACCAGAGAAGGUUAUAAAUAUGGGGGCCGCAGGCAUUUGCCUCUCUGACACACGGACGCAGUGAGCAGUGACAUGGCGUCGACGAGCCGUGGAGACGCUUUAGCCCUUCCCAGAGUUCAGUGUCCCAACCACCCUGAUGCCAUCCUGGUGGAGGACUACAGAGCAGGGGACAUGAUAUGCCCCGAAUGCGGCCUUGUAGUAGGUGACCGUGUAAUUGAUGUUGGCUCAGAGUGGCGAACGUUUUCUAAUGAGAAAGCCCUUAAAGACCCAUCCAGAGUGGGAGACGCCCAGAACCCGCUGCUCAAUGGAGGAGACCUGACCACCAUGAUCAGCAAGGACAGAACAAACAACUUAUUCAAGCAAGUGUAUGAACAGAAGAGCCUGAAGGGACGAGCCAACGAUGCCAUCGCUUCAGCCUGUCUCUACAUCGCCUGCAGGCAAGAAGGCGUACCGAGAACUUUUAAAGAGAUCUGCGCCGUCUCUAGAAUCUCCAAGAAGGAGAUCGGUAGAUGCUUCAAGCUGAUCCUGAAGGCGCUGGAGACCAGCGUGGACCUAAUCACCACGGGAGACUUCAUGUCCCGCUUCUGCUCAAACCUCGGGCUGCCCAAGCAUGUGCAGAUGGCGGCCACCUACAUCGCCAGGAAGGCUGUGGAGCUCGACCUGGUGCCCGGCAGGAGCCCGAUCUCUGUGGCCGCGGCAGCUAUCUACAUGGCCUCCCAGGCCUCCGCAGAGAAGAAGACCCAGAAAGAAAUCGGAGAUAUCGCCGGGGUCGCAGACGUCACAAUCAGACAGUCAUACCGACUCAUCUACCCGCGGGCCGCGGAACUUUUCCCUCCAGACUUCAAAUUCGACACACCCGUCGACAAGCUGCCUCAGCUGUGAAGACCCUGCCUACACUUUUUUUUUUCAUGCUUUUUUAAAAAAAAAAAAAAAAAUUUGUGUUGAAUUUGGACGAUUUCUCUUUGUCUCUUCUAAAGACUUCAGGCCCUUUAUCGAGGCGCUCUCCAAGGAAUAAGACGGACACAUUCCAGUGCUGAAAGAAACUAGCUUGCAGACUGCACUUACAGAAUUUCAUUUGUGUGUAUAUACUGUACUAUGUAUAUAUGUGCAAGUGGGAAUGUGUAAUUUGAUGCUUGCAAAUUUUAGGCUGGUUUCAUACUGUAUACAUAAAAAAAUGUUUCUGUAGAAAAAUGACCAGUUUCUAUUUUGUUAGUUUGUUUCAAUUGUUCUAAGUAAUAAAAGAAAAUAUUAAAAAAUGUUUUUCAGUAAA